CGGAGAGUGAGCGAGUGUAUUAAAUUGGAAGCGGAUUUACUAGUAGUGCACACAAAAAAUGAGGAAACCGCACUUCAUAUUCCAAAACUUCGCAACCUCUCCAAAAAAAUCUAAUCAAAUCUAGACAAAAAACGAUCAAGAACAUCCGAACAUCUACUAGUCUCUCAAAAUUGUCGUAGUUAGACACACCCUCACCCAUACGACCAAGACCAAGAGACUAAAAAGGAUCAGAAAAAGCUAAAGCACAUUUAUAUUUAAAGUCCUAGAAAAAGAAAAUUAUGCGUCUUCUAUGUCGCGUGUCCUGUCGCGAUGUGACAGUAGCGGUUCCGAUUCGAGACGCAGAAACAGCGACAGUUGCGCAUCUAGUUCAGGAGUCGACUAAGCGAGCGCUACAAGUACUUGGAGCAAGUACUUCUUCGGCCUCAACAUCGACUUCAUCUGCUGUAGCGUCAGCAACAGCUGCAAAUGUCGGAAAUAAAGAGCAUGUUGCGUCGAUCUCGAUACAAAAGCAGUAUACUCUUGAUGCAGCAGGCGGGCUGACAGUCGUAGAGAGUACUAGUUGCAGUCCAACUUCUUCUUCGUCUUCGACUAAUUGCGGACCGACGCCAUCGUCCUGCAGCUCAGGUCCAUCGAGGCACGAGGGCAUCGAUGCUGGAGCAAACCAAGUAGAGGAUGAAACUCAAACUUUUUCAAGUAGUAAAAAAGGCAACUCCAACUUAGUUGAGCUUGGCGUAGUUAACGCGGAUGGAGAAAAUCAGCAGAAGAGAACUGCCGAUCUUCAAGAUGCAGACGAACCCGGGUCACCUUCACGGUGGUAUCUGGAGUACGAGGGUGCGCGACUGCUACCCGAUGAUAUAUUGGCGGACCUGUUUGAGUCGUCACCUGUUGACUUGCGGUUGUGCAGGAGCGGUAAUAUUGCUGUAGUUCAAUAGGUGACGUCGUAGUUUUGAUAGAGUUCAAUAGGUGACGUAGUUUUUUGAUGAUAUGAUAGUUCAAUUGGUGACGUAUUUUUGAUGAUUGGUGACAUUCAUUUGACCAGUUCUUUUCUCGUCCACUAUACCAAUCAGGUCCCAGUCCCCUGAGCCGCACGACUGCCUCUUCAUCAAGCGCAAAAGGAGGACUGUUGAAAGAUGAACACUGUGCCGCAUGCGAUUCCGACACCCGAGCACCGCGUCCCGCCUUAGACUUGCACUUGCUUGUCGAGGCUAGUCCUAGUCACGACUUCGACGCUGCGAAUCGACCAAUGUCGACCACGUCAGCGUCCUCUCGUGGCCUCAACGGAAACGCUUCGGUGUUUGUACCCAGGAGUCAGGAGGAUCUGCCACAGACCACAGCAGGGGAUCAUCCGAUACUGCAAAUAACUAGGAGCAUCAGUACACCAGCAUGCUCCGAUGUUGAUGCAGCUGCUGCAGCAAAAGAUAUAAGCGUGUCCUCUUCAUGUUCCUCAGAGGAGGUACCUGAAGCAGGAGGUGCCGCAAAGACUCCGGUUGCUGAAGGGGAGGAGCCUUUUCUUGAAGAGCAUGAAGAAGAAGCCUUGAAUGAUGCAAUCCAAGAAGAACAAGCAGAAGCAGAACAAAAGCAGCAUCAACUUCUUGCAGAAGUGACAGGAGGAGACUCUACUCAAGAACAGCAUCAACAAACAUCUUCUUUGCCCGGCCAACUCCAUCACCCCGCGACAUCACAUCUCCUCGUAGCUCCCGCUGGACCAUCGCCCGCACGUUCUUCCGGGUCUCCACGGAUAUUGAUGGACACUUUGAGAGACUACCAACUUGGCGGCUAUAGCUGUAGCACAUCUUCGUCUUCAACGAGUGCAGCUGGUAGUCCUCCUACGGGAGUUUUUUCGUCAACAACGCCCUCUUCUAGACCCGAUCAAUUUGUUGAGGUGUGGGGGGAACAGAAGGCUGUCUGGUCCUUGUACGGGCUACGAGAAAAGCUUGCGAAUUUGAAGCCGGGAAUGCGACUCUUCAGUCCCAAAUUUACACUGUUUUUAUGAAGAAGUGUGAAUAGUCGAAGUGGAUUUGGAUUUCUUCAUUUUGGCCAUGAUUCUCUCGUUUGUAACUACCGCACCACGACUAGUCGUAUCCUUGAUGUUCUCUAAUACCCGGAAUCAAAGAAAUGCGUCUGGUUUUCUACCCCGCUGGUGCACAAAGCGCCUCACCAGGCUAUUGCUCGCUCGGCCUACACCUGCCAGAACGAAGGAAUUUGAGAUUUAAGCUGUCGGUUGGUAAAGUCACGCGUUUUGCCCAGUCCGACGCCGCUCUGGACAGCUAUGGUUUCUCAGACAUGUGCGAAGUUGAGAAGGAAAUAGAGCAAACGACUGGAAAUGGACGAAGUAAGGGAAGUGCUUUCGAAGGUGUCAUUGUGAAUGCGAGUAGCAAGGGCAGCGCUGGUAUUUGGUCUCCAAGCUCUGGCUCUGCAGGUGCCGGUGAUAAAGCGGGGGAUGUGCAGCUAGUAGAAAAAACUGUAACUACGACUGACAGCACAGAACAAGCGGAAACUGCGCCUGCUCCCGCUGAAACCCCCGCUGUAGUCGUUUCUAGUAGCGCGACAUCUACAUCUGGCGCUUUUUGUCCCGCUCAACGUUCAGCUGUUGUCGAGAUGGACGAUCCUACUCAGACGAUAGACGCUAGCCAGACGGUAACUUCAACAACUCCUUCAGAAACACCAACCAAGGUAUUGCAAGCCACCACGUCAAGUAUUUUUAUGUCGAAUUCGAACGAUGCUGCAGGUGCAGGAGUAUCACGAGAAACAAACAUCACAUUGUUUAAGGGUUGAAACAUUUCAUUUUUACAAGCCUUCUCUACUUGAGAUUUCUACUAAAAAAUGAAAUGUUUCAACCUUUAGAUUAUCCACCUCCACAGCAAACGACCGCGUGGUUGUGAUCGACCAAAAACAAGACGGGUUUGUUCGGGUCAUGUCAGCUGUGGAUCUGGAAACGGAUGAAGAACAGGAAAGAAUCGUGACGCGCGAUGUCUCUUUUGCUGCGAGAGCGGCUGCUCGUUUAUGGCUUCGCUUUGAUCAGUAGUGCUUGAGGAGCUGGACAUUUUCUUUUUCGAACUUCCACCUUCUACUUAGGGUCGUAUUUGCAUCUUCUCCCUCCAACCUCAGCGCUUGCCGCCAAAGUCAAAGGCGAUUGCGAGGAUGCUUUUUCCGAAAAGAUUGUCAUCUCUGUGGAGAUCAUAGAUGACGCUGAAGGCCAUGAGGAAUUGCGAUUUUUGUCAGGGCACAAAGUUCAGUGGACUUUGUACAACUUUCCGCACAAACUGACGCAUUUUCCAAAGGGAGCUUCGUUGUAUUCACCUCGUUUUUCGCUACAGGGCAUGGACAAUCUAGCCUUGAAGUUGUACCCAAACGGUAAGCAGGAAGCGGAUCCAGGUUGGUGCUCGGUGUAUUUGGAGCCGGGGCACGAUGUUGCCGUAGGUGACGAGGGAGAUGCGGAGAAGGAGAAGAGAAAAGCAGGUGGUGUAGUCGGAAAAGGAAGUAGCAAGAGGGGCAGUAGUAGCACAACAACUCCUGCAACGUCCUCUUCUUCGGGCAAGCCGACGAUCGAAAAAACUGCUUCAUCAGCGUCAUCGAAAGCAGCGACCCGCAAUGACACUACAAGUAAAGCUACACCAUCGUCCUCAUCGUCUUCUUCAGCCUAUCAGUAUCAAUAUCAACAUGCCGGCGCAUCAAAUACAUCUACAACGAGCGAGUUGCGAUGUCGGUUUCAGCUGGGAAACCGAAAGAUGACGUUCGAGAGAAUGGAAAAGUUUGACCAAGAAUCGAUUUGGGGUUUCUUAGCAGCAUGCAAGGUUCAGGAUGAGAUGAAACGAAGUAGCACGUUGCCACUGCCACAGAACUCCAGAGCAGGAAGCGAAGCAGAUACUCCUUGUUGGAUCGAGACUGCAUUUCAAGAGGAAGCACGCAGACUAGCCCUGGUGAUCCAGAUGGAGAUUGUGGAGUCGAAAAAACUACACCCUACUCUGCAUGAAAGCGAGGACAUCUUUCUGAAGAAUUUACCAGACACGGAAAACCGGCGUCACUUGUUGCAAGAGCUAACGAGGAUCGACGAGCUCAGCUCGCAGGGAAAAGCGCAGAACAUGCCGAGCAGGCUCCGCAUACUCAGCUUGAAUUAUGAAUAAAGUUGGUUUGAUGAGUCGUGAUCAUGAUAAUCGAUUUAUUUGUCUUCACUAUUGUAUAAAAAUUUCUACAGAUCAUUGAAGAUCAUUUUAUGUGCCCUUGCUGCUGCAUUUCUCGAUCCCCUAUGGAUUCGUCGUUUUUCUCGUCUCUUCUAACCUCGAAUCGCUGACUCUGCGAAAACCGUAGCACUGCAAAAAUGGGAAAACCUUAUGGGUGGAGAUCAGGUCAGCGCUGAAGGCCAGAAGAUGAAGAAGUGGAUGGACGGUUUGUUUUCUUUACCGUUUGGCGUCUUAUGCGAGCCACCUAUGCGAUUGCACGAUGAGGUGGCAGAAGAAGAGGUUGAGGAGAAGGCAAACGCGAAGAUCAGAGAAGAGGUAAACGAAGAAGAGAAUAAGAUGACGGAGGAUGCUUCUAGUGCCACUAGUGCUGCUGCUGUGAAGAUGAAGGAUGUUGACGCUGAGAACCAGGAUGAAAUAAAGACUGACGAGACUGUUGCAGUGGUCGAAAAGUUGGAGAAGAUAAAUGAUCCAGUGGUGGCAGAAGAGGGUGGAGCUAAUAAAGUCCUUGAUGACCAAAAAAAAAAAACUUCUUGGAGUCCGUCAGCACCAGUUGCGUCUUCUAUUGUCGCAAGCACUUUAGAACAAGGCCCUUCCACACCCUUCUCCUCCACUCCUUCUAUUCCCACGAAAAACCGAGUUCAAGCCUACCUCGCUCGCACCCAGAACAUCUUAGACGAGGCCGUUUUUGGCCACCAAGAUGCGAAAGAAAAGAUUCUCCAAUUGAUAUGCCAAUGGAUAGCGAAUCCGGAAUCUCAGUCGCUCAAUCUAGGCAUACAAGGUCCGCCAGGUAACGGUAAGACCACGCUGUGCAGACACGGCAUUGCUCAGGCAUUGAAUCGACCGUUUACUCAGAUCAGUUUGGGUGGCGCGACAGACGCAGCAUUGCUGGAAGGGCACAAUUUUACGUAUGUGGGAAGUACGUGGGGGAGAUUGGCUGGUGCAACUGCUUUUAGUUUUUCUGCUUUUUUCUAUCGGACGUUCUUUACCUGACUGGCCCAGCAAUGCUCAUCCAUGCUGUAUCUCGUGUCGCCUUCAAAUCCAUAUUUACAACUUGAAAGUGUACGAGAAUCUAGAUCCAAUUCAUCGUGUCCUAACUACCACCAGGUAUGCUCAUGGAAACCCGGUGCAUGAACCCAAUCAUCUUUUUCGAUGAGCUAGACAAAUUGUCUGACACACCACGUGGAGAGGAAAUCACAGGAGUUUUAACGCACUUGACGGACCAUUCGCAGAAUUCCCAUUUCACCGACCGCUACUUCGACGGCAUCCCUCUCGACUUCUCAAAGGCGCUCUUCAUCUUUUCGUUUAAUGAUGAUUAUGGAUGACAAUGAGAUUGAGAUUGACACCACAACAAAAACGAGGAGAAUCUCUAAUCUCCAACUAAGGUCAACCCUGUCCUAGUUCAACCAAGCUCGCCCAAGCUCAACGAGGAGGAUCUAUACCUGCUUGUUGAUCUUAUAUUUUUAUCCUGAAGCCCGUAGCCGUAGUACUUUUUCUAGUGCACGAUCACCUAGACCUACCCCGCCCUAGCCUUACAAACUACGUCACACAAACCACCUCCUCUUCCUCAUCUAAUCCCCAACCAAGCUCAAUCCAGUCCUCAAAGACCGACUGACCAUCAUCAAGACCAAAGGCUUUUCCGCAAAAGACCAGCUUAAAAUCGCACAGGAGUAUCUUCUACCCAAGCUUCUGCGCAACGUAGGCAUGCAGCUAGGAGACGUGCUGAUUGAAGAUCUGGACCAAUUGCGGUACAUCUGUCUCCGAUGGGGUCUCACUUUGGAGGAAAAUGCUGGUGUCCGAGGACUACGGCAAGCGUUGGAAGCGAUUGUGUUGAAGGUGAACAAGCUGAGAUUGGUGCAACCGACGGUUGUGCUUGUGGGGAGUAAAUUUAAGGGUAGUAGGUUAAAGGUGCUUUUGUUACCGUUUGUUAUGGCUCUCUCCCUUAGGUGGGGACAGCCAUAACAAGCGGGAGAACCCACGAACACCAAAAACCUACCUCUAAUGAAUCAGCUGACGCACAGUUUUCAUCUUCAACAGACACGCAAUCGUCGUCAACUACAUGUACAUCAUCUUCUUCCGCGACGUCAUCUUCUGCUGGUGAAACUUCUGUUAAGGGUAGGCUAAAGGUUUUCCGCCUGUUAUAGCGUUCGUUUUUGCCUUUCUGAAGGAGGAAAGGCAUAAUGAACGCGGUAAACGAACACCAAAAGCCUACCUCUAAUUCUGUUGAAGGAGAGGAGCAAUCGCAAUCAUUUUCAACCACAUCAAUUUCAACUUCCGCUGAUGAACAAAACAAGGAGAAUAGCACUGUAUCGAAUUCGGUAGCGCCAUCUUCUGGGCUAAAGAAUAAUAGCACUGUAUCGAAUUCGGUAGAAGCACCAUCUGGUGACGUAUUAAAGAAGAAAGGAGCUGACGAAAGAAUACUCGAGCUUCCUGUUAGGUUGACGAGACGCAAUGUGGAAUGGUUAUUGCCGGCUAAUCGACAAACCAGCGAGUCAUAUUUGUAUCUGUACACAUAG